GGAAGACAGAAGGAAACACAUCCACGAACAAAGCUCACAUUAUUUUAUUUUGAAUCCAAGUAUACUGGCACUGAAAGCUCGAAAUGCGAAAACACCAUAUCCUGAUUGAAGAAGUAGGUCUCCCCCUAUCAUCUCUGCGUCUGUUGGUUCCUCCCCUGCGGCUGGUGUCUGCAGCUCUAUGGCAAGUUGUUCAGCAGAGAGACGUAAUGGACUACGGGUUGGUGGAGGAGUUUGUCACCACUGUGUUGGAGAUAGUUCCUGAUAUGAUGAGUUACAGGGAGAGAGUCCAACUCAUCAUGGGGCUGCGAGCACAGCUGGUUCUGGAGUUGUGUCGCUCUGAUCACCUAGCCAACCCUGAGACCAUCCAGCCACAUCUGAAUAGGAUGAAGACCUGUAUCAUCACCCAUAGGGGCAAGGAGAUUUCUGAUCCAGAGGUGGAAGCGUCACAAUUAACUUUCCGGAAGCUGAUUCAAACUCUGCUGGAAGACCCAAUUGAGAAAGAACACUUCUUUCAGAAUAUUUUUCCAGAGGAAUUUGGCCCCAAGUAUAACUCAGCACUGCAGACUCUGGUGUGGGAGUUCCUCUCCAGGCUGGAGAAGCUGCUUCCAGCACCAACCCUUCAACAGACGGCAUCUUGGUUCCUACCUGACCCCUCUGUCCUGGAGGAGUGUGUGCAGUGUGUAUCCCACCCUCAGCAUUUGAAGACCCUUCUCCAGCACCACAACAACACAUGUGGACAUGUAGACACCAAUGCUCUGUCUUCCGGUGACAAUCAGAUCCUCGCUUCAAUGUCUCUCUCUUCCUUAGUGAUAGAUGAAGCCUUCACUGACCAAGCUGACCCAGAGGUCCAAUCAGAACCUGAGCAGGAAUGUAUGAGCCCUGUCUCAUCUGACAAUGAGCCAAAGAUGGCCUCUUUGUUGGAACACAUGGAGAGUGAACUGUUGCCUUUGAAUAAAGAGGUGAAGCCUGCUUUUUUGGAGGUAGCGUGUAGACACAAGAAAACAACAGCGAAAAACAAUACAUCUUUUCACCACCUUCACACUGACAGUGGGCUGAAAAUUCAAGGAAAAGCCCACAGCAGCCAACAAGAAGUGCAGGACAUUUCUAGUUUAUCUACUUCCUGUCGGCUCCGUCAGCCCAAAGUGCUGCUACACAGACUUGACAUUACUGAUAUGCUUUUACCUGUGACGGAGGUCUCUUCAACACCGAGGAGAGAGAGGCUUCAGAUUGACAAAGUGGGAUCCCAAGGACAGAGAAGAGGACAGGUCAUAUCACAAAAGAGUGAGAGGAAUAUCAAUGAAGAGCCCUCUGAUGGUCAACCUCAGUAUUCUCUGGCCCCUGACCCAUCCCUUACCACAGGACAGCCUAAAAGAAACAAGCGUGUCAAAAUAUGCUCCUUGUGUGGAAAGACUUUCAGCGAAGCAAAGGAUUUGACGGCACACAUGAGAUGUCACAAUGAGCAGAGCCCUUCCAAGUGCACCCAGUGUGGACAAGACUUUGAACACCAUGAGGACUUACAGAAACAUCAGCAGAAUGUGUGUGAGGCGGCAGCUCAACCAGAAGAGGACAUGUCUACGGCAUCUUUUAAGGAGGAUAACAUGUCUAUGACAUCUGUAGAGGAUGAUUGGACAGAGAUAUCCCACCCCCAUGACACUUUACCUCAGAACAAAAGAGGUCCCUAUGUUCAUCACACUCCAAAAGCCUUCCAGCCUUCCAAAGCCAGACAAAUAUGCCAUGUGUGUCACAAGACUCUUUGUAAUGUAUUUAUGCUGAGAAGGCACCUGAAAUCCGUUCAUGGUCUGCUCCCCUACAAGUGCUACAACUGUGAGGCAAGUUUUGGGAAUAAUCCUAGUUUGAAGAAACACGUAAAAGAGUGCUUGAAGACGAAGAAACGCCACCCUUGCUCUCUGUGCGGUGUGACCUUUGAGCCAAAUGAGUGUUCGGAGGGGAACCAACAGCAGUUCGUAGAAAAUGGUACAGCGAUACCCCAGAAUGCAACAGCCUUCAGUGCUCUGCCCUUCAGUGCUCUGAUACAGUCCUCCAGUAAUUACAGAACAUGUCUUCUGUGUAAUGAAACUUUCGAUACUGCAGCGAACUUGAGAAUACACCUAAAAUGUCAACAUGAUGUACAUCCUUACCCAUGCAUCAAUUGUGGGGAAAGUUUCCCAAGCAUAUCGGAUCUGCGGAUACACAAGUGUUCAGGUCAAAACAUUCCAGACUCCAGAAAGUGUCCGGGGUGCAGGAAUAGGACAUCUCAAUCCACACCGCAGCAGUUAAAGACAAGUCAGGAAGUGAACCUUAGACACCAGACAGACAGGCCACUAGUUGCAGCAGAAAACGAGAUGGCGAUCCCGCAGUCCUGCAACACAGAUGUUGACUACUCAAAUGACUUGCAGCAAUGCAAGCCAAAGGAGUGUGAGAUUAACUUUCAGAGAGGACAGCAAGACUGGAGUGAGGCAGUUGAUCCAAACCAUCAUCCAGAGGAGGUUGAUCCAGCACACAGAAGCAGUUGUCUGGUUCCAAGGGAGGAUGGGACAGAGAUUCCCCACAGCCAUCGCACAUCACCCGAGAACCCAACAACUUCCAAAGCGCCUCCCACUGGCGUGAUUUUAAAUUCUAGAACAUGUCUGGUGUGCUAUAAGACAUUCUUUAACAGAGCAAGCUUGCUUCAACAUCGGAGACGUCACUCACAGGGUCAGGGACCCCACACAUGCACCAUAUGUUCAAGAAGCUUUGGUCGAGCUUUCGAUUUGACACGACAUCAGGCCAGGAAAACAGGUUGUGGCUCAAUGCACCGUAAUCUCGUUGUACAUGAGAAUGCUCCUACCGAAGUUAAACCGGUCUUCUCUUGCCCCCAUUGUCAGGAAUGGUUCACGAGUGAAAAUAAACUGGAGACACACAUGUUAUGUCACACAGGGGAAGGGUUCACAUGUAGGUUUUGCGGCAAGAUGUUUGCUAAACAAUAUAAAUUAUACAUCCAUGUUCGUUCGCAUAUUGACAGACCUCAUCUAUGUGAUGCAUGUGGUAAGGAUUUCAGAACUAAGUAUGCAUUGAAAGUACACACGCGUGUACACACGGGAGAACGACCGUUCUCUUGCCCAGAUUGUGGCAAAAGAUGUUCUUCGAAGGGUAAUCUGAAGGCCCAUCAACAGAGUCAUACAGGAGAACGUCCAUUUGCGUGCCCUCUCUGUAAAGUACGCUGUCGCAUUAAGUCGCAACUAAAAGUACACAUUUUAACUCACACAGGGGAGAGGCCUCAUAAGUGUUUGGCUUGUGGGAAGACUUUUCAACUGAAACUUUUGUUGAGAAAACAUCAGUCAGCUUCAUGUUCUUAGUUGUCUUUGACUCCCUUUUUGUGUUCGAUUUUUUUUUUUUUUAUUUGUCAAGAUUCUCCACAUUACUAGCUCAUAACUAGGUGACUAGCUCGUAACUAGGUGUAGGUUCUAAUCCAGACUGUAGCCUUCACCUUUUGAAUGUACAUGUUUAAAGAACAUGUCAAAUAUGCAGGAUUUUAUUUUCACUAAGAAUUGAUUAACACAGCAGCCCAUUUGUAAAAAUCCUUUAUGUGGCAAAUAUGUUGAAAAUAAACGGUGCAAUUAUUACGAGUGGCGGUUGUUUACCCCCAAGUGUUUCAGCUGUUCUUAUUCAAAGAGCACCAUGGUAUAGCUAUAAAGUUUUUACCCCAUAUGAGCAUCCAAUAUAUAGUUUUCUUUAAGUUCAGGAUGUUUUUGUUCACUUACACCCCAAGAAAAAUAAUCCAUGCAGUGUUCAUGAUUUUAUAAUGCCCUUCUGAAUGUUUCUCAAGAGUAUAGAUUAAAAUAAAAAUGCUAACUGUAAUCAUUGCAGAACAUAUUACGGUACCUUGAGAAUAAAAUGAUAAAAGCAACUGAGAUUGAGAUGAAUAAAACCGCAUUUGAGCAGAACUCAGUGUUCCUCUGUCUUUUUAAUUUAUUUAACCAACGACAUGAUCUGUUAAUUACAAUUAAUAUCCUGGAGGAAGGAUCCUUUUUUUUUUUACAAUUAAAAUAAA